AUGCCAGAAGUCCUCAAGUGCCCCAAAUGCGACGCCAACGCCGAUGUCACAAAGGAUGGAAAAUGGGCGCAUUGUGCUUCUUGCAACAAUAUUUUCCAACCUAGCGAAAGUCCGGAUAUGCAAGGAGAGGGCAAGAAGGAAGAGGAAAAGUAA